AUUUUGUUUUGCUACAAGUGCUGUAUCUCCAUGGUUUUUACUCAUAAGACUCAAGUAAUUAUUUUGCUUCCUAUAUUUUUUUAUUGAUUUGUCAAAUUAUUAACCUUUGUGGCCAUCUCAACAAUUUCAGAAUUUAAUGGACAGUUCACUGACUACGUCCAACAUGAUCAACUCAAACAUUGUUUGGACAGCUUAUGAAUUUUCAAAACAAAUUGGAACCAAACUGCUUCAAGGAUGUGACUAUAUCGGUGAGAAAUUGGCCUACUGGUUCGGUAUCACUAGACCUAAAUAUGAGGCUGAGAUCCGUGAAUAUUAUUGGAUGAAAGAACAAGAAAGUUUAAAAAAGAAAAAGAAACUUGAAGAGUUUUCUGGUUGGAAAUCAGAUGGAGAUGCUGUUGAUUGUAUGGACUCUGCGAAACUAAUCAAGAAUAGUUCAAAAGAAUAGCCUUAUAUUCACAAUCCACCCUGACUAUUACCAUCCACCCAAACCAUCCAAUGUGUGUUUAAAGACAACCUCAGAUCCCAUAUUCCAUGAGGAUCAUUGAUAUCAUGAGACAUCUUGUUUUUGACUAACUAUCUCUAGUCUAUUAAGAUGAUUUGUUGACUGCUUAUAUUGAGCAUUUUCUGUUUAUUAUUUGUAAAUUUUCACUUCUGUAGCAAUAAUAAUCAAUAUAUAUCACAA